UCUGGUGGUCAUGGUUCUUCUUCUGAUUCUCUCUCUGAAACUGGGGUUCAUGGAGCUGGUAUCAUUUCUGGUGUUCAACCCCAACAACCUCCUUUACCUCCUACCCUUCCUCUUCAGCAAUCUGCGCCUGGUGCCACUUGCACUCCGAAUUCUUCUAAUCUUCCUUGUGCAAAUGCACCAGAGGAACUGACUCCAACUAAACCAAGAAUAUCUACUCCUGAAGAGGCUGGACAUGGUGCUUCUCUUGAAGCGCCUUCUAAUAAAGAUGGUCAUCUUGCUGCUGAUGCGAUUGGUUCUGGUUCUGGUACUGAUGAUACCUCUUCUUCUAAUCAUUCUACUGCAUCUCCUCCACCUGCUGCUUCUACUCCUGCUAGUGACCCUCAACCUCGAAACAGCGACAACCGUGCAUCCAGUGCAUCAGAUAACCAGGGAAGUGCGGGAACACAACAUUCUUCUUCUUCUACCACCAGCAGUUCAGAGAAAGUGAGUUCCGGUAGUUCUGAAGCCACAAUAGCUGGGAAUGGCACUACUUCUGCAGAAAAUGGUUCAACAAGUACCCAAGAAGGAAAUGUGGGCAAUACAGAUACAACCACCACCACAACAACAACAACAACAACAACAACACUUCCUCCUGAACUCACAAACAACAAGAAGGGUGAUGCAGACAGCAGCAGCAGUAUC